AUUUCAAGUUCGAAUUGUGCGUAGAUACGAGAUACGAGAAUGGAAUCGCCGGUAUUAGUGGACGAUUUUCGUGAUACGAAAGUGUUAAUGUUGCGUAUGAAAAUGUUCGUUCGUGAUGCGUAACUUCAUGAGCUUGUCGUGUUGCUUCGAGUCGUGUGCCCAUUCCGUUUGAACAAGAUGCCUUCUCCGCGCAGAUUGUCGUGAAUUGCUUUGAAUGUCGAACGAUACGGAAUUAUAGUUAAGUGAAUUAACUCGUAUUACAUACAAAAAGCGCGUUGUGUCGUCUGUAAUUUCUUUAGCAUUCUUCUUUAGCUGCACUAUCGCUUGCACUCCGCAUGUGACUCUUCCCGAAAACUUUGACGUGAUCUAAAUCCGCGAUAUACGACAGUUCCCAUGCUUGACCGAGGAUUUCGCGAGAGCCUUAUACAACGCCUUAUAUGGGAAAGACUAACGUAAUUUUUAUUAAUAUACAGCAGAUUAAUUUUACGUGUAUGAUUCAACGUGAGAUUGACACCGAACGAAUCACAGAUCGCCGGUACGUUUUCAAUGAAAAUUGAUCGAUUCGGUAGAAACGCUACAAAUGUAAAUUAUCGAUGUAUGUACAAGAUUCUCUGCUGUGGUUUCUUUGUUGUCGCUUUUGAUGUCUAGAAACAACGUAAUAAUAUGCAAAGAGUUUUAUAUAUUUUCUUGCGUCGCAAUUAAAUAUUUUAAUUUUCGUUCUGACAAUGUGAUAGGUGCAACUAUCAAAUAGAUGUCGCUGCGAACGUAAACGCACAUAAACGUAAACAUUUUGACAGCUAUCGAUUACGCGGAAAGUGCUUUUCUUAAUAUAAUUGACAAUAUUAUAUCACAAUAUUAUAUCACACAUAUUACAAUCAUGAGUGAAAAACGUGAACACGAGGGCAGUGACGCGGAAGAUGGUUGGAUUGGACCGUUACCUUCGGAAGCUGCUCCGCAAAAGAAGCAACGAGUUUUGGAGUACGAACAAGUUUACAUAGAUAACUUGCCAUGCUGUGAAUGUUAUGAGAAAUCGUAUAUGCAUAGAGACAUCAUCACUCAUAUUUUAGUAACAAAGUCAAAUUUUGUGAUAACUGCUAGCUGCGAUGGACAUGUUAAAUUUUGGAAAAAACAGGAAGAAUUGAUAGAAUUUGUAAAACACUUUCGAGCUCACUUAAUGGCAAUACAAUCAAUGUCUGCUAGCUGCAAUGGUGUUCAUGUAUGUUCAGUCAGCAUAGAUAAAACAAUGAAAAUAUUUGAUGUUAUUAAUUUUGAUAUGAUAAACAUGAUAAAAUUGGACUUUGUGCCACUUUGUGCUGAAUGGGUAUACUCGGCUGGUGAUGCCAUAUCUGCUGUAGCUGUGUCUUCGCAGGAAUCAAAUAAGAUAUAUGUCUAUGAUGGUCAGGGAACAAGUACACCUUUACACGUGUUUGAGAAAUUGCAUACUAAACCUGUUGUCAUUAUGAAGUAUAAUUCUGUAUAUGAGACAUGUAUCUCUGUCGAUAAAGCUGGAAUAUUAGAGUACUGGACAGGUCCAAAAAUGGAAUACAAGUUUCCCAAGUGCAUAUCAUUUGAAUCAAAGUUGGACACUGACCUGUUUGAAUUUGCUAAGAAUAAGACUUAUCCAUGUGGUUUAGCGAUAUCACCUGAUGGUAAACGAUUUGCGUCCCUUAGCGGAGACAGAAAAGUUAGGGUUUUUAAUUUUCGAACGGGUAAACUAUACAGGGUAUUUGACGAGACGUUGCAGAGAUUCAGUGAAUUACAGCAAGCUGUACAGCAACUUCCAAAUAUGGAAUUUGGACGCAGAAUGGCAGUCGAGAGAGAUCUGGAUAAAACUGAAACAAAUUUAGGAAAUAUUAUUUUUGACGAAUCUGGUUAUAUUAUUCUAUAUCCUACCAUGCUGGGUGUCAAAAUGGUUAAUCUUUACACAAAUCGUUGUAUUAAAAUUAUGGGAAAGCCAGAGAACAUACGACCAAUGCGGCUGGCAUUAUUUCAAGGAAAAGCGAGAAAGACUACUGCUGCGUUGACCGUUGAGAUGGAGGCUUCCGAAAACCCCACGAUGGAGAUGAAUCGGUCAGAUCCAACGUUAUUUUGCACAGCUCAUAAAAAAAAUCGGUUCUACAUGUUCACGAGACGAGAGCCGGAGGAUACGAAGAGUCAAGAGUGCGAUCGCGACGUAUUCAACGAGAAACCCUCUAAGGAGGAUAUCAUAUCUUCUACAGAGGCUACAAACAUGCAAAAAAUAUAUGACACGGCGAUAAUCCACACGGCGCUUGGUGACAUCCACGUGAAUCUCUUUGGCAAAGACGUUCCUAGGACAGUGGAGAACUUCUGUGUGCAUGCGAAAAAUGGCUACUACAAUGGUCACAUAUUUCAUAGAGUUAUCAAGGGUUUCAUGAUACAAACAGGCGAUCCCACUGGAACUGGUACCGGUGGUGAGAGCAUAUGGGGAGGCGAGUUUGACGACGAAUUCAAGCCGAGUCUGAAGCACGACAGACCAUAUACUCUGAGCAUGGCAAAUGCAGGACCAAAUACGAAUGGUAGUCAGUUUUUCAUUACACUUACACCAACACCCUGGUUAGAUAACAAGCAUACCGUAUUUGGCCGUGUUCACAAAGGAAUGGAGGUUGUGCAGAAUAUUAGCCAGCUAACGAUCUGGAUUCAGGCACCAGCCUGCUCGGCUCGGUGGUACUGAAAUGCCGUAACCUGCUGCUGGGCUAUCAAGCUGGUUACGACGCGACCUCGAACAGAGUGACGAAGAACGACGUCGGUGUCGUUUAUGGUUGUCCCGACAUUGACCUGCACUUCCGAUGCACCUGUAUACCGCACGUGUAUGGACUCUCCGUGUUGUACAAAGGUAAAACUGACCAAGGAUCUUUGGUGAAGGUAACGCGGGUUUCCCGUAGGUGACCUCUCUUCGCGCAAGUUAACGCGCGCUGAGACGCCGACGGAAGAAUAAUCAUUCCCCUGACAACGGAGUAAUUUCCGUCUACUCCGUAAUACCCUCCACUUAUUCAUCGCCUCUCGCGCCGCGAAAUCGCGUCGUCGACGACUAGAGACGAACUGCUAAAUUACCGCUGUCUUUCCCGCGUGUUAAGUAAAUGGAGGAGGUUAAACGUGUCUGGUUCAGACGAGGGUAAUGAGAUCCUGUCGCUCCGUGUUCAGAUAGGUGGAACGCGGACGUGUAAUUCAAAUCGUUUAGCAUAUAUCGGCUCACGUCACGGCGGCGUUAUCAAUUUUCUCUGCGGAAUCGGCAGAGGACGAGGGUGAAGAGGGCGAUAAUUAGCAACGUUAGCGUGUAGAGAGUUCGUGACGGCGUCGUGUAAUAAUGACGUAUAGCAAAGCUUAGAGCGUAAACUGACACCAGUGGGAUUACGCGAAAAUUACAUAAUACCCUAAACGGCAACGACCUCGCUCAAAAUUGGGUUAAAAUUUGUUCUCUCGAAACAUACCUCUUAAUUACGUUAAUUAACAAAACAAGUUACAUUAAUCAGCGAGAGCCGCGGGUUAUUAGAGCGACGUCUGUAAUAUAGUUUACGAUAUAUGUAUUUUUCUUAAUCAAAAUGCAUCUUUCUCCUUUCGUCCUACCGAUCGCAACACCUCGCGUCUGUUCUUCAGUGCAGCGCGACCUAGACAUCGCGGUGAACGGCAUAUACGCGAAACGAGGCGACGUACAAAAGUGGACGGUCGGCGCCGGAGCGAAAUGCAUGAUCGACGAGAAGUCGACCCUGCGAUUCAAGUUCAACACCGAUCUCCAGUUAGCCACGAGCCUCCUGCAAAAGCUCAGCGACAGCGUCACGUUGAUCCUCUCGUUCAACAUCGACUGCGCGAACGUCAUCAGGGGUGGUCACAGAGUCGGACUGGCGCUCAACGUCGAGGCUUAAACUCGCGAUAAAUCCUCGACGGAUUUGUGUAUUCUGUCCUUGUGUCGUUGUCUGCUGUGGUCCCUGCAUAAGUCUCAAGGGCGAUCAGAUCGGCCAAAGGAUGUAACUGCAUUUUUCUUUUAUACGGAAAUUCUGAUCCAUUGGAGAAUCAAUAAAGGAUUCUCAAGAAAA